AUGGCCACGUUUAUCUCGGUGCCGCUGAAGAAGACGUCCGAAGUGGACUUGGUGAAGCCGCUAUCCAAGUUCAUCCAGAACACGUACCCGACCGGAGAGGAGCAGGCCGAGUACUGCCGGGCGGUGGACGAGCUGAACAAGCUGCGGAAGAGUGCGGUGGGUCGGCCUCUAGACAAACACGAGAGCUCGCUGGAGACCGUCAUGCGUUACUACGACCAGCUGAGCUCCAUCGAGCCCAAGUUCCCGUUCUCCGAGGGCCAGCUGUGCCUCACCUUCACCUGGAAGGACGCCUUCGAUAAGGGCUCCCUGUUCGGCGGCUCUGUCAAGCUGGGCCUGGCCAGCCUGGGCUAUGAGAAGACCUGUGUGCUCUUCAACAUCGGAGCCUUGGCCAGCCAGAUCGCCUCUGAGCAGAACCUGGACAACGAUGAGGCCCUGAAGGCCGCCUCCAGGUACUACCAGCUGGCCAGUGGAGCCUUCUCCCAUAUCAAAGACACUGUGCUGUCCGCCUUAAGCCGGGAGCCCACCGUGGACAUCUCCCCGGACACCAUGGGCACCCUGAGCAUCAUCAUGCUGGCCCAAGCCCAGGAGGUCUUCUUCCUGAAGGCAACCCGAGACAAGAUGAAGGACGCCGUCAUCGCCAAGCUGGCCAACCAGGCGGCUGACUUCUAUGGCGAUGCCUACAAGCAGUGCCAGUACAAAGAUACUUUACCCAAAGAGGUGUACCCACUACUGGCUGCCAAGCAUGGCAUCAUGCAGGCCCACGCCGAGUACCACCAGUCUGUCAUGGCCAAACAGCAGAAGAAGUUCGGGGAGGAGAUUGGCAGGCUGCAGCACGCCUCAGACUUGGUCAAAACUGUUUUUUCCAGGUACGACGAAUACAUCAACGUCAAAGAUCUGUCAGACAAAAUACAGCGUGCUCUCACUGCUGCAAAAAAAGACAAUGACUUCAUUUACCAUGACAGAGUGCCCGAUUUAAAAGAUCUGGAACCUGUGGGCAAAGCGGCUCUGGUCAAGCCAACGCCUGUCACAGUCCCUCUGAGUCAGAAAUACAGCGAUCUUUUUGAAAAAAUGGUACCGCUAGCUGUACAGCAGUCUAUGAGUAUUUAUAACCAAAGGAAAGCUGAUCUCAUCAACACAACCAUUGCCAGAAUGAGAGAUGCCACAACCUUGUGUAAUGGUGUUCUGGCCUCUCUGAAUCUUCCGGCAGCCAUUGAGGAUGUGUCUGGUGACAGCGUACCCCAGUCAAUCUUGCAAAAGUCUAAGGCGGUUAUUGAGCAGGGUGGUAUUCAGACAAUUGACCAGCUGAUCAGAGACUUACCAGAGCUUCUCCAGAGAAAUAAAGAAAUUCUGGAUGAGUCGCUGAAAUUUUUGGAUGAAGAGAAGAAGCGACUGAUAAUGACUUAAAAUCCAAGUUCAAGGAAAGAUGGCAAAGAACACCUUCUACUGAGCUUUAUAAACCCUUGAGAACCGAGGGCAGCAAUCUCCGUAACGUUUUGGAUAAAGCCAUUACCGCUGAUGCUGUUGUGAAAGAACGCUACCAGUCUCAGAGAGAAGCCAUAGCAAUAUUGUGUAAGCCUGAAGCAGAGCUCAAUGCUGCCAUUCCAUCUGCAAACCCUGCAAAAACUAUGCAGGGCAGUGAGGUCGUGAACACCUUGAAAUCCUUGUUGGCCCAGCUGGAUGAGAUAAAGAAGGAAAGAGAGCAGCUUGAAAAUGACAUUAAAUCUGUCAACUUUGAUAUGACCACCAAAUUUCUCACCGCUCUAGCACAAGAUGCUGCCAUUAACGAAGAGGCUUUAUCUGUGACAGAGCUUGAUCGAAUCUAUGGAGGCUACACUGAUCGAGUACAGAGAAACCUGACUAAACAAGAGGAAAUAAUCAGCAAUAUCCAAGUUUCUCACCAGGAGUUUUCCAAAAUGAAACAAUCAAACAGCGAAGCUAAUCUGAGAGAAGAGGUCCUGAAGAAAUUGGCUGCAGGGCAUGACAGCUAUGUAGAACUUGUUGCUAAUCUGAGAGAAGGAACAAAGUUCUAUAAUGACCUCACAGAAAUUCUGCUGAAGUUCCAAGGCAAGUGCAGUGAUAUUGUUUUUGCCCGAAAGACUGAAAGAGAUGAGUUACUCAAAGAUUUGCAGCAAAGUAUUGCCAGAGAGCCAAGUGCACCAUCAAUGCCAGCAGUACCAAGUUAUCAAAAUACUGCAUCCUCAACACCUGCUGCUGCUACUGGCAUAUCAAGCACUCCAACUCCAGCACCAAGGACUGUCUAUUCUGCUAAACAACCUCCACCUCGCCCUCCUCCACCUUCAGUUCCUGCUAGUGCCCCUGCUGCUCCUGUUAGUGCAGCACAGAAUGUUGUUCCUCCAUUAGCAAAUGCUUCAGCUCCAGUGCCCUCACAGCCUCUCUCCAGCACCAUUCCAUCACAGGCACAGGGUCCCCCAUUUGCAACCUAUCCCGGAUAUGCAGGGUAUUAUGGAAUGCCCAUGCCUGUUGGCUAUAAUCCAUACAUGUAUGGCCAAACCAUGCCUCCUUACCUAUACCAACCACAGGCAGGCCAGGCACCUUAUCCAACACAACAGGCUGGCUUUCCAAUGCCACAGCCACCUUAUUACCAGCCUCCUCAGUAG